AUGAAGUUCACUCUUUCCACUCUUUUGGCCCUCCAAGCCGUGGUCGGCUCCGCCUUGUCAGCCGCGCUGCCUUGCAAGAAGCAGCCUGUCGUUUCCAGCAAGACUAUCCUCCGCCCUGUCCAAAGACGACAGGAUAGUGUUUUUACUGUGCCUAUCGGGCCAGCCAAGUUCACCCCCAAUGCCAACGUCACUCUCCCCUACGAGGGGCCCAACGAGACCAAUGCCAUGGUCCGAGCUGUGAUGAAGCACCCGGCCGUCUUGCUCGAGGAUAUCGAGACAAUCACAGACGUACAAUGCUCCAACACCGGUGUCGUUCUCACGUUCGAGGAGGCUGAAGAUUACAACUCCUGUCUCGGCGCCUGGCCUUCGAAGGACUUUAUCGUCGUUACAAACCAUAACAAUGGCUGCGACAACGAGGAUGAGCGAGGUAUCUACCUUGUUCAGGGGUACACCUUUGACGACGCUACACUCACCAUAAAAGCCGCAACCACUAGAGCCGAGAUGCGUGACCAAAUCGAGGAUGCUGUCAUCGACUUCCAGCACAUCGGUACCGCUACCACGAAACGUGACCUGUCUGGUACCAUCUCUGCGGACCUUUCAGGGGCCACCUUAAUUGCGACUAGUCCCCUAACCAUUGUUGCCAACGAGGCAAGGUUAGAGAACACUAUCAGUCUGUCGGGUCACGUUCACUUCAGCGUCGCCAAGUUGCAGGUCAGCGAGUUCUACAUUGAUCUAGACUACUCUUCAGCUCUGGCCCUGAAUAUUUCCGCUGCCGUCAAAGGCAAUUUUACCAGCAACAUCUACAACUACAACCCUUUGUCGGUUUCGACAUCAGCAUUUACCAUUCCCGGCGUCAUCGACGUUGGCCCCAUGGUAAAUUUUGGUCUCGGCAUUGAUUUUGCCGCGGCCGGUUCAGUCAAUGCUUCGGUUGAUAUCACCACCACCAUCUCCGAAGCCAACGUACACCUCGACUUCCUUGACGCCAACAAAACAUCCAGUACCGGCUGGAACCCACAGACCAACGUCACCACCGAAGUCGAUGCCGAGGUUCAGCUUCAGCUCAACCCCUACGCUGACUUGACCGUCGCUCUGGGUGUCAAGUUGUUCAACGGCCUAUUAGACAUGUCUGCGGGCCUCAAGUCCAAACCCACAAUCAUCAACGCCCUCUCCGUCGAUGUUGAUUUUACAUACGACAGUGAGAGUGGCAUUACAUUCGAAAAGCCCACAGGGGAUCGAUGUAUCAAUGGCGCAUGGUUUGCUAGUACAUUCCACUUUGGCGUGGACGCAUUCGUCACGCAGUUUUACAAGAAGAGUUUGUACGCAGUUAAUGUACCAAUCUACCAGUCUCAGUGCUGGAAUUUUGUUCAUUAA